AUGCCACUGGGCGAAGAGACUGCCAGCAUGCUCUCUGCGAUGACUGAAAUAGUACCAAUACUUCACGCAGCACUUCUUAAAGGCCAAAGUCCACACGUUCUUGACACUUUUGUGAGUCGACUUGCUCUCAUUAAGUACAACCAUCCCACUUUUACGACCACUUCUUCUCUGGUCAGUUGUUACACCACAGUAUUUUCGUUCUGGAAAGAAAUGAACAAAGCGUUAUCAUACGGGUACUCGGAAGACUCAACCAUGAUCGCUUUGUACCACAUCACUUCUUGUGUGUCAUUAGACACCAUGAAGUUGGUGUCUGUCAUGAUUGCAAAGCACAAAUCGCCACAACUCUUCCACCUCUUCAUGACCUACAAAACCUUUUGUAUCGACACCUUUGUCGUAUUGACGAAAUUACUGAGAACAAUCAUUCAGAGAAGAAUUUUAGAUACACUUCCUUUAAUGUUUGCAGUCAUUUACGGCGAGUUGUUAGUCUCUCUUUCAUAUUCCCUUCCAUCACUUCGUUCCUCUUUUUCUUCACUCUUAAAAGAGUCUCUCAUGGGAAAUCCACAGAAGAUCCCCGAGAGGGUUUCCUCACCAAUUAUCGAUGCGGACACCGUUAUGAAAAAUGAUCAGUGUUACAUCAUGGACAAUAUUUGUCUCGAGGAGAUCCACUUUUUCCCGUUUCAUUCGAAUGGACAGCGCGUGGCUUGUUUACUCCGCGGGUCGCUCUUAUUUGCGUCUGAAAGUCAUAAACCGGACUUUUUGAAAACGCCCGAGUUUGUCAAUUUAUUUGACGAGUUUCUCAUUGAAAGGGAAAAGAUAUGGCGAUCAGAGAAGUGGAGAGACAUCACGUUCUUCAUGUGUGAGGAUGUGAUAUUAAGACGAUUCCCUUAUAUGUUCAACUCGGUCUUGAAAAUGUACUCUGAGAAGACUAAUAUGUUUAACAUCCCACAAAUAGUCUUCUUGAUGGAUCACUUGAAAAAAUCGUUCAACUUUCUCUCAGUACACUCGAAGGAUUUGUUACUUAAAGGUGUUAUCGAUGCACGACACUUGAUGAAAGUCUUUCAAAUCUGUAUCAAUGCGGACAAUGGCGAAGCUCUGACCAUUGGCAUGGAAAUGUUAGUUGAUGUGCUUCCUUCGAUUAACAAUGAAAUUCGAAAGGAAUUUAUUCUCUCAUUCUUACUUGGACAACACUUCAUGUACUUUUUCACACAUUGGUGCGAUGCGGUCAGAAAUGGGUUUCACAUCAUUCUGCUUUACUUCUUAACCCUCGGUAGGUUUAGUAAAUUGGAUUGUUUAAGCCAAGGGGAGAUGCUUCUCUAUAAGGAGCGGUGUGUUGCUGGGUUUAAUUCGCUUCAACUGGAUUGUUCAGUUGUUAAAAAGUUAAGUGAGAAGCUCGAUAUACUGCGUGAAGUAGUUCGAGUGAUGCCGAAGAGUGACAAGAAUGCGAUGUCAAUGAAGCGUGCAUUAGAAGCUUAUGAUAAGAAAAGGCGCGAAUAUGACUUAUGGGCGGACAACAUUAAAGAUGGUUCUCCGAUGUUUAACAUCGACAGUAAGUCGAUCGUGACUGAGUUUAAAAACAGUUUCCUGUUCUUCUUGUAA